AUUAGUGUAACUCCGCUAUUGUCUCAUGGAUGAAUUUGUUAAAGAUAAAAGUGAUGAGAAAUUUUUACAAUAUAUGAGAGAAGUUGAGGAGAGAUAUCAAGACUUUGGACGCCACGAGAGGAUCAGAAUUGAGCAAUGGUCAAAGAAAUUAUGCCAAGUGACUACAAAUCCCGCUUGGAAGAGGAACAGAAAUCUCUAUGCCAUGAUUCUUACCGAUUGCGUGCUAAAUGGAAAGCUAACUAAACCCUUCACCCAGGUCCCUCCUGAUGCUCAUCUGCCUGUAUUGAACAAAGCUGAGAUAAGUUCGAGAUUUAGUGCAAAGUUUAAAGCUUUUCAGAAGACCUUAAGCUCAUUGCAGUUCAAUAAGAACACUGAAGAAGCUGAAGAUCUUGAAAAUGCUGAUCCUCAGAUGCUCGAUAUCCACAUCCAGUCAGCUCGGAGCCUCAGCAGAGCAGAUGGAACUAGAGAACCCAAGAGAUUCAUCAAAACUCGAGGAACUUCUAAAUCUAAGAUCUCUAGCUAUGCGAAGCGCUCUAUAUAUGGGAAUAAGCAAAGGUCCAAAGAAAGAAGUAGUUCUAUUGGCAGGAAGGACAGCUAUGAUCCUAAUCUUGACAAUAUCAAAAGUCAUCCAUUGUACAAGGAAGAAGCGAAUAAAGGAAAGAAGAAAUCGAAGAGGAAGGGUAAAGUGACUCUCCUUAAGAACUCAGCUAGAGACAAGCUCAGACAAGAGCUUGAAAAUGAGCCUCUCCAGGAUGAAAGAGGUAGAAAUUCAGAACUCAGGCAUGAGGACAACCAGAUCUCUGCUACAAGACAGCUAGAGCUCAAAGAUGAUGAAAUUAAUAAGCAUAAGUCAGAAAUUGAUGUCCUUAAUAUCACUAUUAAGCAUCUACAUGAAGUCCUGAAGGAAAAGACUAGCUUGACCAUGGAGCAGCAGAGAGAGAUUAUAGCCCUGAAUCAGAGGAUAAAUGAGCUUAGCUUUGAGAAUACCCAGCUCAAGGCACAGAACUCCAUCAUGGUUGGUAGAAGACAUGCUGAGGAGGCAAGCAGGCUUGAGUCUCAAGAGUUUUCUCAUCUUAACAAUGAUGGUCACAGACUUAACUUUGAGGAAAAGAAAACUUUUAAUGACAUUGAUAAAAAUGAGAAGCUCAGGUUGAUGCAAGAAACCGAAACUUUGCUGAAUAGAAGCCGUGAAGAUUCAGCACGGGACUUUCCAUUGAGUGAUGACCGAGUGAACCAUCAGCCAAUAAAUCUAGUCUCAUCUAAUUACCUUUUGGAGCGGAAUCAUGGAAGUCUUGAUUACCAUGGCGAGAAUAUGGCCAGGCAGAAUGAGAUUUAUAAGGAAUAUGAAAGAAAUCCUGGUCCUUCUUGAGGCUAUUUAGACGAUAACCUAGGCCACAUGAGAACCGAUCCAAUUAUUGUAGAAGAGAAUCUGAAUGAAAGCGGAACUAUUUCCUUAGAUCCAGCUAAUAUUUAG